AUGGCAGAUAAACUCCCUUCAGAAUUCGAUGUGAUCGUGAUAGGGACUGGUUUGCCUGAGUCCAUCAUCGCAGCUGCUUGCUCGAGAAGUGGCCAGAGUGUUCUACAUGUUGAUUCAAGAAGUUAUUAUGGAGGAAACUGGGCUGGUUUCAACUUUUCAGGAUUAUUGUCCUGGAUAAAAGAAUAUCAAGAAGAGAGUGAUGUUGGGGAAGAGUGGGCUGCAUGGCAGGAGCUAAUACUGGAAACAGAAGAAGCCAUUGUCCUUAGAAAGAAAGAUCAGACCGUUCAACAUGUAGAAGUCAUUUGUUAUGUUCGUCAGGAUUCAGAUGAUCCCAUUGAAAAAGCUGGUGCUGUGCAGAAAAAUCCUGUCUCUGUGAUGUCUCCUGGACUAAAUGACCCUCUGGACACAGUAGACACAUCUUGCUCUGAUACAUCUGAAUUACCAGCACCACACAAUGAGCCAGAGACUGCUCUGGAAGUACUGGAAGUAGAGGUGACACUGGAGAAAGAAAAUCAACAUGGUUAUACAAGUUGUAGCCAGUCAGCUUUGGAACGGGACAUAGCUGAACAUGUGCCUAUCAUGGAAGAUGUUGCUAAUGCACCCAAGAAGCAUUGGAUCACUUACUCCCAAAUUGUUAAAGAAGGCAGGAAGUUUAAUAUUGAUUUGACCUCAAAGCUUCUUUAUUCUCGAGGAUUGUUAAUUGACCUUCUAAUCAAAUCAAAUGUUAGUCGAUAUGCAGAGUUCAAAAAUGUCACCAGGAUUCUUGGAUAUCAAGAAGGGAACGUGCUACAGGUACCUUGCUCCAGGGCAGAUGUUUUUAAUAGCAAGAAACUCACAAUGGUAGAAAAGAGAAUGCUGAUGAAAUUUCUGACAUUUUGUUUGGAUUAUGAACAGCACCCUGAUGAAUACAAAGCUUAUGAGCAAAGUACCUUUUCAGAAUACUUAAAAACUCAAAAAUUGACACCCAACCUGAGACACUUUGUCCUUCAUUCCAUUGCAAUGACAUCAGAGACAUCCAGCAACACCUUAGAUGGCCUCAGAGAAACAAGAAACUUUCUUCAGUGUCUUGGGCGGUAUGGCAACACUCCAUUUUUGUUCCCUUUGUAUGGCCAAGGAGAAAUGCCCCAGUGUUUCUGCAGAAUGUGUGCAGUAUUUGGUGGAACCUAUUGUCUUAACCAUGCAGUACAGUGCCUUGUAGUAGACAAAGAGUCUGGAAAAUGCAAGGCAAUCAUAGAUCACUUUGGUCAGAGAAUAAGUGCUAAGUAUUUUGUUGUUGAAGAUAGUUACCUUUCUGAGAAAACAUGUUCAAAUGUGACCUAUAGGCAGAUAUCAAGGGCAGUGCUGAUCACAGAUGGAUCUAUACUGAAUGCAGAUUCUGAUCAGCACAUUUCCAUUUUGACAGUGCCACCGGUGGAACCAGGGUCUGCUGCUGUUCGGGUCAUUGAGUUGUGCUCUUCUACUAUGACAUGCAUGAAAGGAACAUAUCUUGUCCAUUUGACUUGUAUGUCCUUAAAAAAAACAGCAAGAGAAGAUUUAGAACUGGUUGUGCAGAAAUUAUUUACCCCAUAUGCUGAAGUGGAGCUGGAAAAUGGGGAACAAGAAAAACCAAGUCUUCUGUGGGCCCUCUAUUUCAACAUGAGAGAUUCUUCAGGCAUCAACAGGGACUCCUAUAAUAACUUACCUUCAAACAUGUAUGUCUGCUCUGGACCAGAUUGUUUUCUGGGAAAUGAGCAUGCUGUUAAACAGGCUAAAACAUUUUUCCAGCACAUUUUGCCAAAUGAAGAAUUUUGCCCCCCUCUUCCAAAUCCUGAAGAUAUUGUGUUCGAUGGAGAUGGUGUGCAACCAGAGGUUCUUGUACCCAAGCCGGACACUGCCAAAGAAGUCACAGGUCAAAGAAACCCAGAAGAGCAUGCUCAAGAAUAGAUGGCAGUCAGAUAGGGAGCCCUAAUUCAAGAAUUGUACCCAGUGUUCAAAUUGUCUUAAUGCAAGAAAAGUUUGGAAAAUACUCAAAAGCAACAGUAAGUCAUCUUUAUUUGCAAAAUUACAACAUAUUAAAAGAAACCAGGAGAGUUUUUCCCGCCUUGAAGAAGGGCAUUGUAGCACAAAGUCAAAACCACUCUUCUAAAACACAUUUAUUCUCUCUGUUGUAAGAUGUCAGAAUUUUUGAAUUAACAGAUGCAAUUUUACUCCUGGGAGCAGCACUAAUCAGGAUAAGGGAUCUGAUGAAUUGUUAGCUGUUAUGUAGUGUUCAGACACUACUUUUACUUCCUCUGGAAUCUUUAGAAGCACCAAAAUAUGUUUAUUGUUGAUGUUUUUCAGAAACUUUUAUACUUGAGUUUACAAAAGAACUGUCUUACUAGCUAACAGUAUGUUGUUUAAGCAAAAUGGUUAUCUUUAUGCUUGGAAUCUUUUUCUUCAGUAGGAAACCUCAGUAACUAGAAUCAGAAGCAGGGACAGCUUUAAGAACAAGUUUUAGGUGUGCUCUUGGGCACUGAGAAAAACAAUGGGAUGGACUUGGCAGGAAUAACAUUUACUAGGUUCUUAAAAAUAAUAUGCAAAAUUACUUUUACAGAAUCACAGGGAAAUAGCUUAUAUGGAAAAAUAGAUCAUAAAAAUGUUAUCUUGUUCUCUCCAAGUAAAUAAUAUAGCAUUCUGUGAUAAGAAUAAUUUUCUUUGUGGAUGUAAUGCA